AUGAUUAUCUACGAGGACAUUAUCUCCGGAGACGAGAUUCUCUCCGAUACCUUCAACAUUAAGCCCGCCGCUGACUGCCCUAUUCUCUGGGAGACCGACUGCCGCAAGUACCUCAAGAAGGCCAACGAGGACUUCACUCUUGAGGGUGCCAACCCCUCUGCUGAGGACGGCGAGGAGGAGGGUGGUGAGGGCGAGGCUGUCAUGGUUCACGACAUUGAGGACCAGUUCCGCCUCGUCUGGCUCAAGCAGGAGGAGGGUCUCAAGCCCUCCAAGGAUGGCUUCAAGUCUCACCUUAAGACUUACCUCAAGAAGGUCAUGAAGAAGCUCGAGGAGAACGGUGCCCCCGCCGAAUCCAUUGCCGAGUUCAAGGCCGGUGCCCCUGCUGCCAUGAAGAAGAUUCUCGCCAACUACGACAACUACGAUGUCUUGAUGGGCCAGUCCAUGGAUGGUGAUGCCAUGCACGUUCUGAUUGACUUCCGUGAGGAUGGUGUUACCCCCUACGCCACCGUCUGGAAGCACGGUUUCAAGGAGACCAAGGUUUAA